GAGCUUCAACCCGAAUCCGAAGACCGCCCACGUCAAGAGCUCCAAUGCGCUCGCGGCCGCAUCCUCUCCCACAUCCGCCUAGAUGAGCUGGGCCUGGAGAGCCGGCGCGGUGUGGACGCGGCGGUGCCUGUCGCCCGCCGCGGGCCCUACAUGUAUGGCGCGGUGCGAAGAGCGCCUUUUCCGCCGCGCCUACGCCGCCGCAUCGACCGCGAAGCCGUCGCCCAAGGAGCUCGAGGCGCGCAUCGCCGCCAUCCCGAUCGAGCGGUACCGCAACUUCUGCAUCGUCGCGCACAUCGACCACGGCAAGAGCACGCUCAGCGACCGCCUGCUCGAGCUCACGGGCACCAUCUCGGCGAGCGACGGCAACAAGCAGAUCCUCGACAAGCUCGACGUCGAGCGAGAGCGCGGCAUCACCGUCAAGGCGCAGACGUGCACCAUGAUCUACAAGCACAGGGGCGACGACUACCUGCUGCACCUGGUCGACACGCCCGGCCAUGUCGACUUCCGCGCCGAGGUGACGCGCUCGUACGCCAGCUGCGGCGGCGCCCUGCUGCUCAUCGACGCCAGCCAGGGCAUCCAGGCCCAGACCGUGUCCAACUUCCACCUCGCCUUCGCCCAGGACCUGGCCCUGGUCCCCGUCAUCAACAAGAUCGACAUGCCGUCGGCCGACGUCCCGGCCGUGCUCGACCAGAUGGAGACGAGCUUCGAGCUCGACCCCGCCGACGCCGUCCUCGUCAGCGCCAAGACGGGCAAGGGCGUGCCCGCCGUGCUGCCCGCCGUGGUGGAGAAGAUUCCGCACCCGCGGGGGGACGAAAGGGCGCCGCUCAAGUUCCUGCUGGUGGACUCGUGGUACGACAACUUCAAGGGCGUCGUGCUGCUGGUCCGCGUCUUUGACGGCACCAUCCGCGCCGGCGACAACGUCGUCUCCCUGGGCACGGGCAGCAAGUACACGGUCGGCCAGGUGGGCAUUCAGUACCCCGACGCGACGCCCCAGACGGUUCUCCGUGCGGGCCAGGUCGGCUACGUCUUCUUCAACCCGGGCAUGAAGCGGAUCCAGGACGCCAAGCUGGGCGACACCUUCACAACGGUCGGCGGCGAGGACAGGGUCGAGCCGUUGCCCGGCUUCGAGGAGCCCAAGCCCAUGGUGUUCGUCGCGGCCUUCCCCACGGACCAGAGCGACUACCACCGGCUAGCCGACAGCAUCGGGCAGCUGGUGCUCAACGACCGAAGCGUGACGCUGCAAAAGGACUUUUCCGAGGCGCUCGGCUCCGGGUGGCGGCUGGGCUUCCUGGGCAGCCUGCACUGCUCCGUGUUCCAGGACCGGCUCCGCCAGGAGCACGGCCGGAGCAUCAUCAUCACGGAGCCGACGGUGCCGACCAAGAUUGUUUGGGCCGACGGCAAGGAGGAGGUGGUGCAGAACCCGGCGCUGUUCCCGGAAGUAAGCGACCACCGGAUCCGCAGCGCCGGGCUGUUUGAGCCGUUCGUCAAGGCGACCGUGACACUGCCGCAAGAGUAUCUCGGCCGGGUGAUUGAGCUGUGCGAGGCCAAUCGCGGCGAGCAAAAGAGCCUCGAGUUCUUCCACGGCGACCAGGUCAUCCUGGUGUACGACGUUCCGUCGGCGCAGCUGGUCGAGGACCUGUUUGGCAAGCUCAAGGGUGCCACGUGAGUCCCCCCUUCCUCGACGUCACAUGAAGCAGAACCUAUGCUAACAUGGCCGCAGCAAGGGGUACGCGACGCUCGACUACGAGGACGCGGGCUGGCGGCAGAGCAAGCUCGUCAAGCUCCAGCUCCUCGUCAACAAGCAGCCCGUCGACGCAAUCUGCCGGGUGGUGCACGCGUCGCAGGCCGACCGCAUCGGGCGGCACUGGGUGACCAAGUUUAAGGAGCACGUCGACCGGCAAAUGUUUGAGGUCGUGAUCCAGGCCACCGUGGGCAACAAGAUCAUUGCGCGCGAGACCAUCAAGCCGUUCCGCAAGGACGUGCUGGCCAAGCUGCACGCCAGCGACAUCACGCGGCGGCGCAAGCUGCUGGAGAAGCAGAAGGAGGGCCGGAAGCGGCUGCGGGCGGUGGGCAACGUGGUGAUUGACCAGUCGGCGUUUCAGAGCUUUCUGUCCAAGUAGAACGAGGACGUUGGGGUGUGCGGCACAUGAGCACGAGUCUCAACAUGGGGCAUUGGAUAGGUGGGUAUGUAUGUAUAUCAAGGCGAGGGUGGCGUUGUAUCAUACGUCGGCGUUUUUUCCAACUUGCAUGGGCAACCGGUGUUCAAAGAAAGGGGCCAAAAAGUAUACCAAGUUGUACAGUAUGAGGGGGCAGAGUAACCUACCUAUCCCCUGUGUAAUCUAGAGACAUGUGGAUGUACGCUAGAGUAGAUAGACAUGAAGAGGCACGAGCGGGAAGGGCAAAAUGUCAAAAAAAAGACCC